GUCUUCGACCGACCAUCAACCAAUCUAGACGCAAAUGCUUUUUCGUACGAGUUCUGUGAACGUGAAGUGAUUUUCCAAAACAAAAAUUUACCCUACCCAAGUGAUAGUAGAAAAAAAAAACAGUGAUAUAAAAAGACACUGAUUGAUGCCUAGUUGUGCAAUAAGUAAACAGUGCGCUAUCAGUGGGUGUCCUGCGUCGUCGCCGCCAGCGAGAAGGAUUUUCAAAUAAAUUGCUGAACACGGAUCGGAACUAGUUUCAGUUUCAAUCUGCACCCAGUGCACUUAGCGCUACUUAACCUCACUCAUUUUGUGACUGGAUUGCGAAAUAGGAAAAUACAUCGGUUUAGCGAAGAAAAAGUGGUAGAUUUGUGGGAAGGGAAUAUCCCCGGCUGGUAAUAGAUUGGGUUGAUAUUUUUACGGAAUUUGUAAUUACCGAAGAGCUGAUUGAUAACGAUUACAUCACCGUGAAGAGAGCUGCUCUCGCAGCGGGAGUGGAGCGCUAGUGCUUCGCCCUCGGUUGGUCGUGGGGAACGAAAUUUCGGAAGCUCUCGGUUAGAAGUUUUCACGGGAAUCGUGAAAACCGUGAUUUCGAGUGGCUUUAGCGUACCAAAAGUAAACAGUCUGCUGUGCAAGGACGAAACGAAGUCGUAAAAAUUUCCCGUAAAAAGGAUCAUAAAAUUUCGGAAAAAUAUACGCACAUAAACACUGAAGUGGGUACAAUCGGUUGGUGUGGAAGUGAAUCGAAAACAGGUUAAAAAGUUGGCCUCGCAAGUGUGUAUUAGUACGGGUUUGUUGGAAAAAGUUUUACACGGUUAAACGGGGUAUCAUAAAUAAAUCGGAACAAUCGAGGCAAGUUAUGUCGCAGCGCGAUCGGGAAACAUUCAUUCAUCUCUUCGCCGGAGGUCUCGCAGGAACUGCCGGUGCCGUGGUAACAUGCCCGCUGGAAGUGGUCAAAACCCGUCUGCAAAGCUCGUCCGCCUCGUUCAUCCACAGCAUACCGGCGACGCGUGACGUAGCCAGCGCCAUCACCAACAAUGGAACGCCGAAGCUGACCGGAAACGAGCUGCACCAUCACCACAACGCCCAGCACCGGGUCUGCGCCAGUACCAUCCUUAGCCGCCGGCGACCAUCCGUUUUCGCUAUCCCACAGUGCGGCCUCUCGACCUCGGUCCAGUCCAUCUCGAUCUGGCAAUGUUUGAAGCACAUCGUCCAAACCGAAGGUAGCCGGGCCCUGUUCAAGGGUCUGGGCCCCAACAUCGUCGGCGUCGCGCCGUCUCGUGCCAUCUACUUCUGUGCAUACUCUAAGGCCAAGAACGCGCUCAAUACUGUCGGUUUCAUUCAGGCGAAUUCGCCUAUAGUGCACAUAAUGAGUGCUUCCUGUGCCGGUUUCGUCUCGGCGUCGCUCACAAAUCCAAUUUGGUUUGUCAAAACGCGUCUACAGCUGGACUAUAACUCAAAUGGAGCAAAGAUGACGGUAUCCGAAUGCAUUCGAAGGAUCUACGAAACACAAGGCCUGCGCGGCUUUUACAAGGGCAUUACAGCAAGCUAUUUUGGAAUUUCGGAAACGGUGAUCCACUUCGUGAUCUACGAGGCGCUCAAAAAGAAACUGAAUGAACUUCGCCAAGCACACAGCCCCAGUGACGACAAGACUUCCCGAGAUUUCAUGGAAUUCAUGGCGGCUGGAGCCACUUCGAAGACCAUCGCAUCGAUCGUGGCUUACCCACAUGAAGUGGCCCGCACGAGGCUGCGCGAGGAAGGCAACAAGUAUCGCAGUUUCUGGCAGACCAUCUUCACCGUUUGGAAGGAGGAAGGCAGGGCUGGAUUGUAUCGCGGUCUCGGAACGCAGCUGGUCCGGCAGAUACCGAACACUGCUAUCAUGAUGGCCACCUAUGAAGCAGUGGUGUAUGUGCUCACCCAUCAUAUUGAGAAUCCGGAAAAUCUGGUUGUCGGCAACUGAGACCAGGAGCAGUAUGGCGGAGCCGGAAGCGGACGCUGUUUUCCGGCGCUGACCGCGAUGCUUAUCCGCGACCGAACCAACGGUAGCGACAGCAAGUGUGAUGAUAUCAGGGAGCCGAUUCAGGAAGGACUGGAAUCUGCUUUCAAUGUACAUUGUAUAUGUGAUUUUUUCAUAGAUCUCUAAGGGAUCUAGCUUACUAAAGAGAGAAAGAACCAGAGAACGAGCUGUGCGAUUGUGGAGUACUUUUUUGUUUUAAUUUUAGUGUUGUUUAUAUGAAAAUUGUUACAAAUAUUUAUACACAACCGAGGUUUACACUAUACUGAAAACGAACAAAUCGUUAUAGGAAAGCUAGCACGAUUAUCAUAAAGCGAACCAUUUGGCAUUAAAGGAUAAUAUUCAGUGCGAUUAUAAUUUUUCCUAUGUAAAAAAUUACAAACCUAGAAUGACUGUAAGAGACUGAUCGGGUUUUAUUUUGUUUUAAAGCUGUUUUGUUUCAGUCCCUUUCUCGGUUGGAUUUUAUUUCGGUUCUACGGAAGAAUAUUGUUUUUUCUUCAUACUUUUUUUAAUUUACAAAAAAAAUCAACAAUUGUUUCGGGUGAGAUAUAAGAAAGGUUGAUAAAAUUAUAUUAAUUUUUUCAUUGAAAUUAGAAACCCUUUGAACUGAUUUGUAAGGUUUCCUAGUACAAAUGUAAUCGUAGAUACAAAAGUGGUAGGGUUAGCAACCAAAGCCGAACGAAAUCUUAAUACAGCACAACUAAAUAUCUUCCAUUGUAAAAGGGAAGCUAAAGAAUGCAGAGCUAACUGUCGUGGAAUUGAUUUUACUUGGAUGAGUAAGGCUUCGGAUAAGCAAUUUUUCUCACUUUUUUUUGGUCAGGAUUCUUUAUUUCAGUUCACCCACAAAAAAAAACUUUAAAAAAUGUUUUGAAUUCAUAUUAUGUAUUUUGAUCCACGGAACAUUAAUUUGGUUCCUUCUUGUGUAAAUAGUAUAUUAUAUUUUAUUUUCUGGUUUAAAUUGAUGAAUACCGGUGCUGCUUCAGAUAAAAAAUUGGAUAACUAAAUAUAGAAAUGAAUGGCCUUUCUAGGGCUCUAUUUAGUCAAAGUCAAGUCGUGCAAAAAUCACCAAUCUAUUCAAAAGAGUUCACAAAAAGUACUAGCAUUUAUCUAGAGCUUCUUAUGAGAAAACCAUUAGCCUAUGUGUCAUGAUCAUAUCACACCUUCAGAAAAGUAAAUUGGAAAUAACUAUUUGAAAAAAAAAUAGAACCAUCAUCUUACUCGACAAGUUUUUGCCGACUAGAAGACUUUUAGAUGCUGUGAUUUAUAUUAUAGUAAUAUUUAGAAACGUAGUAGUGGUAUACUUUUUUCGGCUGUACUCAAAUAGGCGUACAGUGUCACUAUAUUUUGAAAUUGGAUUGCAACAAGUUUAGAACUGUUGCCAGAUGUAGUCCAUUGCAAUCAACAUCUCAAAACAACAGAUGAAGCUUUUGUUUCCGCUUUCCACUUGACCGCUCAAUUACACAAAUAAUCUUAAAAAAAAACAAGCACAUAUAAGCGCAAACAAUUUUAAAAGUAUACAGACAAAGUACAACGAAUAAAAAAUGUGCAAAAAAAAAAAAAACUCAAAAGAGAACUAAUUGAAAUGUGCCAAGUUUUAUUUUUCACAUUUCCAGUACGUUGUUGUUACAGCUUAGGAUCUUAAAAAUCAGCAAUGUGGAAUGCUAACAAAACGACAAUGUUAACGAUCCGAACAGAAGGAACACUUGAAACAAAUGUUAAACAAAAAAACAUGUGGUUCUAAUGCCUGAGCACGAGAAGUGUGUCGUCUGUUCUGUAUUGGCAUAUUUUGAAGUUAGGUGUUUCAAAAAUAGGCGAAUUGAGUGAUUAACAAAAGGUGGAUUCUGGAUUAAAUCGAAAAGAGAAAGACGAUGCGAAACAGAUCUGGUAACAUUCACAUUUUAACAAAAUAGUUGUAUCCAAUGUAAAAAGAAACUUAUCGUACUAUGAUUCAGCAAAGUAUAACAGAACAGAAUAUUACCCAAAUUUAAUGAUAUACAUAGAGAUAUAUACACAACGCUUGCACGAAAAUCUAAAGCAAAAAUGAACACUUGUUUCAUUUGAUAACAUUUAUAAUGAUAUUAAUGGGAAAAUGUAUUAAACAUUGUUUAUUUUUGAAAACCAUAUUGAAUAAAACCGUAAUAACGUAAUAA